UAUUUUGAUCCUUGAUGGUGCUCCGUGCUCGUUGUGCUCGAUGUCAUGUGCUGGUGCUGACUUUUUCGUGAGAAAAUUGGACGUGCUCGAGCGGCAGAUGAGCAGCGAUCUACUACAAGACAGAUAGAGCCACUAGCACUAGCAUUGUGCAUUAGGUUUCGUUCUAUAAAACAAUUUUAUGCCGCUACCGGUAUUAUAGACAUCGAAGCCGGAGAUGUUUCUUGUACAAAUCCAGCGGCGAAAUUUGUCUAACACAGUGCAACUGGCGUCGUCAUUUAGCCGCUGGUAUCGUGAUUUAUGGCGCCCGGGACCGGCUAACGAACCGCCUUACGAUCAUGUAGCGCAGAUUGGCGAUCCAGUUCUACGGCAAAAAGCAGACUUGGUCCCGGCGGACAUGGUUACGUCCCCAGAAGUGCAAUAUUUGGUAAAAACUAUGGUCGAUGUGAUGCAGAAAUUCAAUUGUGUUGGUUUAGCAGCACCACAGAUAGGAAUUCCUCUUCGCAUAAUGGUAAUGGAGUUUAAGGAAAAAUUGAGGAACGAAUAUAGUAGCUCAGAGUAUAAACUUAAUGAAAUGCAAACUCUGCCACUGAUAGUCUUCAUUAAUCCAGAAAUGAAAGUAAUCAACUACGAGAAGAAAACAUUUGCCGAAGCAUGUCAAAGCGUUCGAGGAUUCUCUGGCGAGGUGGCUAGAUAUUCGGAAAUAUUACUACGUGGUCUUGGCCAAGAUGGUUCCAAGAAAGAGCUAGCUCUAAAGGGAUGGAAUGCACGGAUUGCGCAACACGAAAUGGAUCACCUUGACGGCGUUAUCUACACGGAUCUAAUGAACCGGCAGACGUUCACUUGCACCUGUUGGCAAGCAGUAAAUGAAAAACGAGGAAGGGUGAGUAUAUUUUUUCAUAAAUGAAAUAUUAGGCAGAAAAUUAUAUGAA